CGUUCCAAAAUCGCAUUACACCGCACGACCCGAGCAACGCCAACCUUAUCCACCGCGCUUCCUCUCUUGUCUUCCUCCCUCCCCAUUUCUAUCUUCUCCUCUCUCAAAUCCGACGACUCCCAGCGAUUCCAUGGCGAGGUGAUGGCGUUUUGCAAGGAGGAGUCUGGGGGCAUGACGGAGAGACGCGAGAGGUGGCGUGGAGCUGGGCGGGGACGUGGCAUGAAGAGGAGGAACUCGGCGGCAUCGGCGCCUCAGGGAGCUCGAUCCGAGCUGCCGCGGAGCUCCAGGCGGCACGCCUUCCUUCCUGUUGCGGCGGAGCUCCAGGGAGCCACGUCGUGCAACCCCGCCGCCGCGCAAGCUCUAUGUCCCUGCGCGCGGUACCCCGAUGGCGCCUCCUCCUCGAUCUCAACGACGGCAUCGGCGACGCACGAGGUGGAGAGGUGGUGGCCGCACCUCCUCAUCACAACAGCCGCCGCCAUGGCUCCUCGUGCGGGUAUCUGGCCGCCGGCGCCGUCCAGGAUAGGAGCUCCUCCGCGGGGCCGUGGCGGGCUUGAGGGAGAGGGGCGCCGUCCGAGACAGGAGCGGUGGUGGCCACUGUCGACGAGUUGCUCCACGGCCUCCACCAACCCAUGCCCGCACCCUCCUCCCCCUGUUACAGCUGAAACAUGAUGGCACUAGCACAGGAGAAGUUGUGAUGAUUGAGAGCAUAUUAUGGCAGGUGGCGAGUGAGGUGCUCGGUUAAGCAGAAGGCACGGUCAUCGAAUUUUGACGAUUGACGACUAACUUUGAUUGGGAAGGAAGAUCUGUGGAGAAAAAAAUGAAUGUAACUAGCUACUGCGUGCUAUGUGCUGUGGUCGAAUUAGGCCAUAUGCCUUGGAUGUCCGUUCUUUUCUUCUUUCUAAUUUCGCUUCAUCUACUCGGUGAUUUCCGGACCUGAAUAGUAUUUUGAUUACAGAAUGAGAAGAGGCCUUCCGUUUGUUUCAAAGAAACGUAUACAAUGAUACUGUGAAUUUGUUUCAAUGAAGAGAUUUACUGUUACUGAA